AUGGGCUCGUCCCACUCGACGCUGAGCUGCACUCGAGGCGGAGCUCUGGCCGACCUGGCCGACCGCCCAGGCCAGAGGCGCGAUAGUGCUGGUACAGUCUCUGCCAUGGGGGAGGACAAGGACCGAAAACCGCACGCAUGUGCGGAUGACGGGCCCACGGUAGACCCCACGAGUCGGCCGAGGACCAGUACCGCCACCCACUCCGACUCUGGCUUCGACGACGAGAAAGACCCAACGGCGCGCCACUCGGACGACGCAAGCGACCGCCCGCGGCCGCCGUCGAUCGCGAUCUCGGACACGGCGUCGUACUGGGCCGAAUCCGAGCGCACGUUGACGAACAAGAGGCGGGACAGCAAGUACAGUAUCGCCACCACCACCCCGGCCAAGCCGUUCACCGUGUCGCGCCUCGUCGCGCAGCUGGAAGAGGAAGAGGCCGAGCCCAGCGACCACCCCAAGGGCAAGGACAAGGGCAAGCGGCCGAGCGCCGCGCACACGCGAUACCUGGAGAGUGGCCACGGCCGGACCGUCGAUGGCGGUGCGCGAGCUGCCGGCGCGGCCGGCGUGGCUGGUGCGGACGUCGCCGCCCUCGCCGACCUCGCGGAGCGGCAGCGUCUCAUGCGCGAGGAAAACUAUCUGUGGCUCGUGGACUGUGUGGGCGCGCAGUGUGUCCGGCAGUGUACCAGACUGCAGACGAGCGGCGGAGGCCGUGGGAGCUGGCUGGGGAUGGGUACUCGAGCAGACGAGUGGCGCGACCUCCUAGACCACAUGGCCAGCCUGCGCGAAGAUGAACGACGGGAGAAGCGCGAGUGGAAAUGGGCCCUCGACCGCCUGCGCCUGAACCUGGCCGGCACGAUGCGCGACUGCGUGCUGUGCGCCCUGCCCGGAACGUUUGACGAGGACGACAUCGUCGUAGCGGUUGCCGACGCUGACGAGACCACUGUCGCGUCGCUGGAGCACAUCGAGAACGGAGCGCAUUUCAUCCAGCACAUCAAGGACGCCAGAGCACGCGUGGCGGGACGUCCCGAAGCCGAGUACACGCGAGCUUCGCUGCGGCAAUGGCUCGAUGUCCAUGUCCCACAGGUGAACAAGGACCAAGCAGACCCGACAGUGGCAGUGGACGUUGCAGCCCAUCUGGCCACCCAGCCUGCCAAGAAGGCCCCGCAAGCAGAGUGGGGCGCCCUCAUGGACACCAUCCGUGACAGCCUCGAGCGCCGCUUCGCCGACUGUGUGGUAUGCCUGUUCGCGUCUCCGCGCAGCGAAGACGUGGAUGACAUGCUGCUUGCGGUAGUGUCCGACCCGACGACCGUCAACAAGAUGGAGCGCGGGCCCAGUGCUGCCCACUAUGCGCGGCACGUCAGUGAUGCCCGGCAGCGCGUGGCGCAGCGCGAGGCCGGGGACGGGGACGCACCGCCGGGCGUCGAACGGGCCCGCGUCGUCCGACGCCAGUGGAUCUCUGCACGGCUGGCGCACGAUAAGAACGGUCAGAAGAAGGGAGAACGACGGCGCACGGGCUUUAGCGAAGAAGCAGAACAACUCGACGCCGCGUGGUGGGACGACUUCAUGGGUGGCCCGCUUGACGCAGCGGUGGUCGAGCGUUGGCUCUCCAAGCAGUGA